AUGAUACUGGCGCAACUCUUGGGGUUACCAUUAGGUGCUGGGUCGAAGGUCAAGACAGCAUAUAACGAUCAUGGCAAAACAUUAUCUUCUAGAACGAGAUGUGGAAGAAAAACUAAAUUCACUGUGAGAGACAGACGGGCAUUAAGGAAGAUGAUAAAUAACUUUCAUAUGCUGAGGAUAGAAAAAUUGCGACUUGCGACAUUAGUAGGAAAACCAACGUUAAAAUCAAGAGCUUCAAAUAUUGUGAGUUCUGACAAGGAGAAAUACCAUGUUAUUGUUAAUGAAAAUCGGGUCCUCAUUGCUGCAAAAUCUUAUCUUCAUGCUUUAAUAAUUUCCGUUGAUGAAUCAAAACCAGAAGAUACUGAUGCGGUUAUUUCGGAUUUAAAUUUAGAGGAACAAUCUGCUUUGCCAAUAUAUCGUACUAAAGCUUUCCAGUACCCAUCCAGUGCUGUGCAGCCUUUACCUGACCACAAACAACUUGGUUACAUCCUUGAUACACCAGAAAACAAUGAUGGACUUAAAAAUGUUAACAGUGUCAUUGUGGACAAGCCAAAAUAUCUAAUUUAUCCAUCAGGUCCUUCCUCAGAAAUUUAUGAAUCAUCUAGGAAUUCACCUCCUGAGUAUUCUUUUAAACUAAAAUAUCCACUCAGCCCAUCAAAUGAGGCUGGAGAACAACAUUACAGUCCAAGAAAUAAGUACCCAGAAAGACCGGCUCCACCACUGAUUUCAAUACCUUUAAAUAGGACGAUUUCAGAAAACAAUAAUGAUGAAAGACUAAUUUCUUCUGCAUAUGAUUCACCAGUCCCUAGUCAGUAUGGUUCAUAUGAAUCAGAAGAAUAUGCUAAACCUUUUCCUUUUUCUGAUGGUGUAAAAAAUACCUAUGAAAAUUUAAAAGACGAAGAGAAUGAUUAUUCAUCAUCUAUGUGGCCUUAUAAAGAACCGAAAGAAACGCUUUCUCAUCAGCAAUUUCCUAUUCAAAGAGAGCCUGUUCCAUAUUCAAAGCCAUAUUAUGGAGGUAGUCACGAAAGUUAUUCUCCUGAAAAAUCUUCUAAGUCAUACAUACACAAUAGCAAUUCAUCUCCUCACGAACUACCGUACGAUCCGAAGUCUGAGGAUUACACCUCUUUAUAUUCAGCUAAGCCCCGUGUUCCACCAAAAUUUAAAUACUAUAGCGGCCCGGAAACGGCAAAUGAUUAUCUAAGAACUCAUGGAUCAGAGGCAUAUUCUACUAGGCCUUAUAGUGAAACGCCUGAAAUUGACUUGUCUAAGCAAUCUCUUUCAACAUAUGAAAAACCACAUUCAGAACCAUAUAUUUCUUCAAAAGAUACCGUUAAUAUAAAAGAUAAUCCAAUAUCAUAUGUUUCAUAUAAUGAUCCAACUUACGGUACUCGGGCGUCACCGGUUUCACAUACGAUUCCACAUCUAAAUAUAGAAACUUCUGAGCCAACUUAUCAAUCGGGGGAUUAUGUAUCAAAAGAAGAUCCAUAUACAAGGACAAAUGCAUAUAGUUCCAAUUAUGAAUCAGAACAUCACACAAGGAAACGCCCUAUUAAUGAAGCCCCUACUUCUUAUCAAAGUGAUAUAAAUACAAAUUUGCAAUACGAUAAGCUUAGAAGCACUUUUGCAGAAGAGCAACAUUCAGGUCAUAAAGAGUAUGAUUAUUCUCCAAGAGUUAGAAACGCUGAGUCAUCAAAAUUUCCAUACGUCUCUGAACAGUAUGAAGAAAAAUCUCUUUCAACACCAGGCAAAACUUCAAAACAAGCUAGCUCAUCAUAUGACACAUAUGAUGACCUUAAAUAUCCUGUAGCAGAUGAAAUUCCUUCAGGCAUUGAAGGCAAAGAUUAUGAUUCAUCCGUGAUGGCAACUAAAUCUUAUUCGCCUUAUGAAGGGUCACCUGAAAGUAAAAAAUCUAUAAUUUCUAGAUUUUAUAAUACUCCCUCUCAUUUUGCUGAAAAAACAUCCAGUUAUAUAACAAGAUAUCCAGAUACAGCACCUAAAGUUGAAUUGCCAAAAUCUUCAUAUCAUAAUUCAGCUAAACCAUUUAAGUAUUCAAUUGUUGAUGCCGACUCCCCUGAAGAUACAUCAUAUUACAAAUCACCUUCGAAACCUGAUUCGCCUAUUAAUACACCUUCUUACUACAAUAGUCCUCAAGGGAUUGAGACUUCUGAAAUUCGGAGCAAUCAUUCUGUACGAAAAAACUAUAGAUCUUCUAGACCAGCUCCACUAAAUGAUGAAUAUGAUCAACCUCGACAUCCACCUCUUCCUAAAGACCCCAAUGACAGUUCUGAAAAGUAUUUCAGCUAUGAAAAUGUUGAAAAUAAACCGAUUACAGAUUAUGGAAAAUCUUCUUAUGAGUCUUCCUAUCCUUCAACAUACAAGCAGCCAUCGUAUAAGAUGUCAUAUACAGAUGACCAAAAUGGUAAAUAUUAUCCUUCCUCGAGUGAAUUUAGUGGAAGUCAUUACUCUAGUCCCAAACUUAAGGAAUACGCUGAUAAACCUGAAAUUUACACAAAGACGAUAACGGAAACGUACUCCAAACCAAACAUUAUUUCUGACGAUUACCAUGAAGAUCGUUCAUCUGAAAGUCAAUAUAAUAGACCAAACAUUAAUGUUUCACCAGUAAGUGAUUCCAGAAAUUUAAACGAUAAAACAUAUUCUUACUCUUCAAAUCCAAACUCCUAUUCCAAACCUUAUUCAUAUUCUUAUCCCGAAGGCUCUUCUGAAGAAUAUUCAUACGCCAAUCCUUCAAAAAAGAAUGAAGAGAAAUUCUCAUCCUAUGCUGAAAGUGAUGAGCCAGAAUCAUCCUAUACAUAUUCAAGAGAAAAACAAAGGCCAAAGAGAGUCGAAGGAGUUGUUUAUAGACAGCGUAAGAAUUAUCCUGAUCUUCCAAAUCCACGAAGGCAGAAAAGCUAUUUGCCAUACAAGUCUUAUAAUCCUAGAACUGCACAAGCAUUUGAUUACAAAGUUUAUGAAAGCUCUCCUGAUAAAAAUCUUACCAACUCUCCCCGAAAGAGUUUCAUAAAGCUAAAGUAUAAGCCAGUGAAGAAAGACUUUUCCCAGGAGGACAAGUCAGUUUAUGAUAAUAAUGAGGAUUCGAGCCUUUCUAAUAUUCCAGGAGAACCAGGAAAAGACUUUCCUAUUUUGAAAAUAAUGCCAUACACUCAUUUUUCAUGCGAAAACAGAGCUCCAGGGUUUUAUGCUGAUACACAGCACCGAUGUCAGGUGUAUUAUCAGUGUAGUGAUAAAGGACGAAUGCAAAGUUUUCUGUGCCCAAAUGGUACCAUUUUUAACCAAGAAACAUUUGUCUGUGAAUGGUGGCAUAAUGUCGAUUGCUCAAAAUCCGAAAAACUUUUUUCAAAGAAUCAUGAUUUGUACAAACCUAAUACGUCUUCACCGAGAGAACAUGUUGAUGCAGAAAACUACCAUCCUUCUGGAAGAAACUAUGUAUAUGGAGGAGGAUAUCCUGCAUCAGAUGAACAUUCAGAUAACUACAGACCAGAUGAAGAUUCAAGGCGUCGUAGAUAUGCAAAAUUGCAUAGAGAAAAGAAAUUAAAUCGUAAUGAAGUCAAUUACAAUACGCCAUCUCUGUGAACUUUAUACAGACUCUUCUAAAAACACUGCCCAUGGAUUCGCAGACACAUUAAUUUUUAAAUAGCUUUCCAAACUUCGUGACUGGUCACGUAAUCAUUUCCAUUGAGAUGGAAAUUAUU